AUGAGCGGAUACACACAGCAGCCGGGCCAGCAGGCUCCCCAGCAGUUCCAGCCCCAGCAGCCGGGCCAGCAGGCUCCCCAGCAGCCGGCAUCCCCGCCGGUCCAGGGUGCGGCCGGCGCUGUUGAUCUGUCAGACCCGUUUUAUAACGCGUAUUUUGAAACGGACCUGACGAACCAGAUUCAGCAGGAACAACAGCAGGCGGCGCAGCAGCCGCAGGCUCCCCAGCAGAAUUGGCAGCCGCCGAACACCGCUGCGGCUCCCCAGCAGCCGUAUUACCCGCCACGCGCACCGGCAGCCCCCGACAACACUGCUGCCCUCGUUCGUUCGGAAAUUCAGCGUGCGCUGGCGGCUACGGCGCAGCAGUCCCAGCAGUCUCGCCCACAGGCGGAAGCGCCGGCUCCUGUUUUCCGUCCGGAAGACAUUACGCUGACGCCGCAGGAAGAACAGUCGAUCGGCGGCGCGGCUGGACGGGCGCUUCUGGCGAAAGUGGCUCGCCAGGCCAUCGCAGAGUACGAUACGAGCCGCAUCACGCCGGAGAUGCGUAAUCUGCGCCAGCAGACCGAGACACAGGCGCAGGCGGAACGGGCGGCCCGCGAGGCUACCACGGCGCAGCUUAUGACGGUUCGCGUUCCCGACGCCCAGACGCUGAUGAACAAUCCGGCUGGAAAUGUGGAAUACGUUGCCCAGCAGCUUGAAGAGUUCCGGCGCCGCGUGACCCCACAACAGCCACAGGCUCCUCAGCAGUUUCAGCAGCCGGGGCAGCAGCAGUUCCAGCAGCCGGCGCAGCCGCAGCCUUACGGCCAGCAGAACUGGCAGCAGCCGCAAACCCAGCAGCAGCCGUUCCCGCAGCAGGGGCAGCCGGUCGGCGUUUCUUACGGCCAGCAGAACCAGUUUCCGACCGUUCCGGGCGCACCAAGCGGUUCGCCGGGGCAGUCAGUUCCGCCAUCGAUGGCGGCCCUUAUGGGCGGUCGUCGGUUUAACCAGGCCGCUGCCGAAAAGGCGCUUGGUGAUUUCGCAGCCCGUAUGCGGGCAGACCCACGCGACAUGGACGCUCGCGUAGGCUACGAAAAGACUUAUACUCUAUUGCGUGCUGCCCAGAGCGGUCGCCGCUAA